GCUAAGCAACCGUCGGUGUCUGGGAAUUUGCUCUGGAUCAGCGGCCCUUGUAGAAGGGCAUUCAGAAAGCUGGUUUUCACAGAUGGAUUGUAUUGUAUCCAUGCAACAGACUAUUUCGGACACCACCAAUUUAGGUGGAAUAUUGCUGAGUGCAGCAAACAACAAACAAAUGGCAUUUUCCAGUGUGGUCUCCAUGAAAGUAAAUCGUGGGAGAGUUACCUCCCUGCCAGUCUCGCGUGCAGACUGGCGGGAUUGGGGGCCCUUGAUCAGAUGCAGAACACUGCGAGAAGCACAUGGUAAAAAAAUGCAGAUGAACCUCUAUUCCCUACACUCGUUGCUACAGAUUAGUUUGAAAUCAACAGACGAACUCCUUGGUCAGCUGUUCUAGUUGACAUGGAAACUUGACCAGCAAACCACGAUGUCAUGCCUGACAGUUGCCUACACAGCAUGUAUCAAGAAAUAUUUGACAGGGACAUGUGUUUACUUGAGUUCCAGCGAAAACACAUGCAUAAAACACCGACAAACAAGUUACGUGUAUAAGACACUAUUGUGUGAUUUGUAUGAUCAUAAACACAUAUUUUUUAAACAACGAAUGCUGACUGAAUAUCCAAGUCAUCUCAGUAGAAGUGAUGGCUCUUCCUUGACAUCGCAUGAAGCAGGAAUUUGGUCAAAAUGUGUGAAUUCAAACAUGUCUUGUGAAAAUAUCGGUCGUUUUAAUCACAAAUUGGACACAAAUCCAGCAACAGGUGCCCAUGAAAUUGAUGGACGUUUGCAUUGUCAGUGUGAAUGUGUGAAGGUGAAAAGAUCUGCACCUGCCCGAAUUUCUUCAAAGAAACCGAUGCUUUCCUUAUUUUUCCUGAAACCCCCUUGCCAUUCUACCUCCUUAAUGUCACGGUUGAUACCUCAUAUAUGUUCAGUGCCUUUGAGAAAUAUUUCAACAUGUCAGAGUUUGUGUCAUGCUAGUCUUCCUCAAAUUUGUUGUCACAAUUCUGGAACAAGCUUUAGUGCAGUUACAAGGCAAGGGCGUUGUGCAUGGAGCCGUUCAUCACCGACCCACCGCUCACCUCAUAAUGUUCAGUGUCGUCAUUUUACAAAGAACAUUAACUUUUUUCGAAGAGGAGGUUGUGACUACAUCCGAGAUUCAGAAGUUUUUGGCAGAGAGAGACAUGAAGUUUGAACAAGGCUUUACGUGUUUCAUCACAACCUGUCCAAGGUUAACCAAGAAGAAAGUGACGUGUGCAGCAGAUAAACUCUAUGUUAAUAUGACAACUGGUCACUUCCUGUGUGGGUCGUGUUGGAAGCUGGGAGGCUGGCACGAACUAAAGGAUAAUAUUUCACUCACAGCCAACUUGAAGAAGAGGAAGACGUACGAGUGUUUCAAGGAUAUCGACAGUGUCCAACAUCUCAAGAAAGAUUUGUCUCGUGUGAUGGAGACUUGGUCGGAAACCACGCCAAUUAAAGGACUCACGGAAGACCAAGUGGAGCAACUCCGCGGAGACCUGGAUUGCCAGAGAAUCACCCAGUCGACAUUUGAGAAAUUUGGAGUGCAGUAUAAUCCUGCCGCAAGAUGUCUGGUGUUCCCCUACCACAACCUGCAUGGGGAGGUGCUGGGCUUCAAGAAGAUUAUUUGUAAACAUGCCGAAACAGACGGCGCCAAGACUCUCCGCGAGGUAUCAGUCCCCAGAACUGGCCCCCUUGGUUUGUUUGGCUGGAACACUAUAGGCGCCGAUACCAAAGAGGUUGUCAUGACAACCAGUGAGCUGAAUGCCAUGGCAGUUUAUCAGGAAACCAAGGUACCGGCAGUGUCACUGCCCCGGGGGAUACACAUUUUCCCUAAUUCCCUGUUACAGGUUCUGCCCUCGCUUGAGAGGUUCAAGAAGAUCCUGCUCUGGUUCGGAGAUGAUAUCCGUGCGUGGGAGGGGGCAAAGCAGUUUGCCAACAAGCUCAACAACAAGAGAUGCUACAUCAUCAGACCUACUGCAGAAGAUCCCAGCCCAUUCCGAGCUUUAAAUCAAGAACUGCGACUGAAAUCCAUCUUGUCGAAGGCGAAGCCACUCAGCCACAAAUCCAUUGUGUCCUUCCCCCAACUCAGACAGGAAGUCUUCUCCGAGCUGGCCCACGUGGAACAGGUUGCAGGGGUCAAGUGGCGCCGCUACCCGGCCUUAAACCGUCUGCUGAAGGGGCAUCGCCGGGGGGAACUGACCGUGUUCACCGGCCCCACGGGGUCAGGGAAGACUACGUUCAUGAGUGACUACUCCCUCGACCUCUGCAUGCAAGGGGUGAACACGCUGUGGGGAAGCUUUGAAAUCAACAAUGUUCGACUUGGCAAGAUGAUGCUGACCCAGUUUGCAAUGAAGAAUCUGUCCAAGAACCUCCACGAGUUUGACCAGUGGGCAAAUCGGUUCGAGGAGCUUCCCAUGUUCUUCAUGACCUUCCAUGGCCAGGAGAGCAUCAAGAGAGUCAUAGAGACGAUGUCACAUGCUGUGUAUGUCCACGACAUCACCCACAUCAUCGUCGACAACCUGCAGUUCAUGAUGGGCGUCAACGGUGACAUGACGGAUCGCUUCACAAGACAAGACAUGAUCAUUUCGGCCUUCAGACGCUUUGCCACCACCAUGAACUGUCACGUGUCCCUUGUUAUUCAUCCUAGAAAGGAGAAGGAGACUGAUGAGCUGACCACGGCGUCAAUAUUCGGCAGUGCCAAGGCUUCCCAAGAGGCUGACAAUGUGCUGCUGCUGCAAGACAAACGACUGAGCUCACUGCGGGGCAGGAAAUAUGUCCAGGUUACCAAGAACCGGUUUGAUGGCGAGUUGGGGAUUAUGCUGCUGAAGUUCGACAAGGAAUCUUUGAGUUUUGCUGUGAGAGACAAACCCAAGAAGCAGGAAGGGAGGAAGACAGAGGAAGCGGAGAACGAAAAAACUGAGGCUGGAGAAAAUGUGCAGAGCAACUGAUCCUUCAGGCGAGAUUAGGUCUUAUUGCAUGAGUUUGAACUUUGAAGAGUGUCUGUGACUGUUUCUGUUUGUAGAAUAAGAAUACUAUGGUUGAUUGUUUGCUAGAUACUAAGCAUUAUAGAUGUCGGUGAAUGCCGACGACGGUGAAUGCCAGUUUGUAUUUUUUAUAAGCAGCAUUUAUCAUCUGUGUGGAGCAAAAAUUGAGAUUUGCUGUUUCACAUCAUUAAUGGCAGGGCUGGAACUGUUCUCUAUUUAGAUCAAAAUUCUUUUACCUGAUUAUUCAAGUUACAUGUUUUUU